AGCUAUACCAGCCCAAGCUCCUGGUGCACCUCAGAGAUGGCGACUGCAAUCCGGCUGCUGGGACGGCGAGUUUCCAGUUGGAAACUGCGGCCAUCACCGUCGCCCCUCGCUGUCCCGCGGCGGGCCCACUCGAUAUUGCCUGUGGACGAUGAUAUCAACGGGCUAAAUGAGGAGCAGAAGCAGCUUCGUCAUACUAUAUCUAAGUUCCUUCAAGAGAACCUGGCCCCCAAGGCCCAAGAGAUUGAUCAAACCAAUGACUUCAAGAACCUGAGAGAGUUCUGGAAACAGCUGGGGAGCCUGGGAGUACUGGGCAUCACAGCCCCCGUUCAGUAUGGUGGCUCUGGCCUGGGCUACCUAGAACAUGUGUUGGUGAUGGAAGAGAUUUCCCGGGCUUCGGGAGCAGUGGGGCUCAGCUACGGUGCUCACUCCAACCUCUGCGUCAACCAGAUUGUUCGCAAUGGGAAUGAGGCACAGAAAGAGAGAUACCUUCCCAAGCUCAUCAGUGGUGAGUUCAUCGGAGCCCUGGCCAUGAGUGAACCCAAUGCUGGCUCUGAUGUUGUCUCCAUGAAGCUAAAAGCAGAAAAGAAAGGAGAUCACUAUGUUCUGAAUGGCAACAAGUUCUGGAUCACCAAUGGCCCUGAUGCUGAUAUCCUAGUCGUGUAUGCCAAGACAGAUUUGACCGCUGUGCCAGCUUCUCGGGGCAUCACAGCCUUCAUUGUGGAGAAGGGUAUGCCUGGUUUUAGUACCUCCAAGAAGCUUGACAAGCUGGGUAUGAGGGGCUCCAACACCUGCGAGCUGGUCUUUGAAGACUGCAAGGUUCCUGCUGCUAACGUCCUGAGCCAGGAGAGUAAGGGGGUCUACGUAUUGAUGAGCGGGCUGGACCUAGAGCGCCUGGUGCUAGCAGGUGGGCCCCUUGGGAUCAUGCAGGCUGUCCUGGACCACACUAUUCCCUACUUGCAUGUGAGGGAAGCCUUUGGCCAGAAGAUCGGCCAAUUCCAGCUGAUGCAGGGAAAGAUGGCCGACAUGUACACCCGCCUCAUGGCAAGUCGACAGUACGUCUACAAUGUCGCCAAAGCCUGUGACGAGGGCCACAUCAUUCCCAAGGACUGUGCCGGUGUGAUUCUGUAUGCAGCUGAGUGUGCCACACAGGUAGCCCUGGACGGCAUUCAAUGUCUAGGUGGAAAUGGCUACAUCAAUGACUUCCCCAUGGGCCGCUUUCUACGAGAUGCCAAACUGUACGAGAUCGGAGCUGGGACCAGUGAAGUGAGGCGGUUAGUCAUUGGCCGAGCUUUCAAUGCAGACUUCCGCUAGCUCCCUGCGGCCCAUCGCCCCCUGGUCCCAGCACCGAGAGGCCUUUCUUUGGAAGCAGAGAUGUGGCAGCCCUCUGACCUGUCUAAGGAAGCUCUGCUGCUCAGCUGCCCUUCUCUGCCAGCCCUCUGCCCUGUGUGAAGUCGGAUUCUCCAGCCGUGCCGGGCAGUCUGUCAGGAAAGCCUAAAAUGACGACUUUGGCUUUUUUGGGGCUGGGGGGAGGGUGGCAGUGUCUGUGCCAUUGCUUUCUACUUCUGAAUGUGGUGACCUCGCUCGCCCUCUGGGUAGCGUCUGACAGGUACCCAGCUCCUUUUCUUGGGCAAGCCUCUGGCAGGGUGCCCUUUCUGUUCAAGCGUAACAGAGGCAUUACCUCUUUCAGUUGUCAGAUACUUGUGGUCUCUUUUUCUUGAGGAAAAGGCAAAAGCCAUGUCCUUCUUAGCUGUUUCUCCAAGAGCUAGACAGCUCCAGAAUGCCUAUGGCAGACCCAUGAAGGGCAGAGUCCACAGUCCAGGCAAGACAACACAGAAGUUCGGCUCCCUCCGUGUACCUGAGUCUGUCUGCAUCACUCUGUCACAGGCUAGCACUGGGCCUGCUCAUGUGACCUUCUGCAGCUGACUGGCCAGCAGACGCAGGUCCUGUGGCCCAGCCCAGGUUGCCUGGCUCCCCUCCAGCCUCUGUAUAUUUCUCUAGACAGCCUGUGGCUAAUUUUAUUACGACUGCACAGUGUCUGAUGCCAUUUUGUAUUAAAUAUACUGCAAGGUAGACCCUUCUGCACCCAAAGCAGUGUUCUGCAGGAGAAGCAAGCCACUUGCUAUGGUCCUGUCUGUAUCCAGAGAAUGUCCUUGAAGCGGCCUGCCCUUCAGUUUACCCUUUGGGAAUGGGACAGGAGGCCAGAAUAGGAAGUCUCAGACCCAAAUCUCCUGGUGACUUUUCUUCUUCUUGUGUGUGAAAUUGUACCUAGGCUGUGCUAGGCAGGCCCUGCACCACUGAGUCAGCUCCUUACCGUACCAACUUCUCCAUGGUUUUAUUUUAGUCUCCCUGUAGCCGAGACUAGCUUUGAACUGAGACCCUGAACAGUAGAUCUGCCCCUAUCUGGAGUGCUGGGAUUACAGGCAACACCCUGUGCUUUUUCUUAAAGGAAGGGGGGAGGAAGUGGGGGGGGGGUGUCAAGUGUGGAAAGACAGGAGCAGAGUCUUAAGUUUCUGGAGGAUUUUGAGAGUUUUUGGGGGGUUUUGCUUUUGAUUCAGAGUCUAACCUGUAACUCAGAACCCUCCUGCCUCUGCCUCCUGACUGCCAAAAUUAUAUGCAUGAACCACCACAGCUGGCAUAUCUCUGAGUUUUGUUUCAUUUGUCUAGCUAUAAUAGCCCAGGCUGGCCUUGGACUCAAAGAUCCUCCUCCGCCUCCCUAGUUCUGAGAUUAAAGGCACGGGCAACCACCACACCCAGCUCAAACUCUGCAAGGCUGUUUUGUUCUUUUAAUCCUUGACUUUUUCAAGGUCAGAAUUGGAGCUAGGAUCCUGAUGGGCUAGCAGCAGGAACAUCCCAACCUUGGGCCUCCCAACCUUGGGCCGUCACAAAUAACGCCCAGGCCGUGGAUUACCACAUUCAUGUGAGUUCCCAAAAAUAAAGACUUUUUUUCCUGGC